AUGUCACUUCGACCACUGACCUUCGAGGAGACGUUGAAAAACGCAAACAUCAUGUUGCUAUCUAUGGGAAUACCACCGUGCGAGGAAUACUACCCACUCGGAAAAUUGGCCGCCAUAAAGCGCAAUGGCUUGUUCAUUGUUUCGUUUCUACUGCUCUCGUACACGACGGUCGGUGAGGUGAUCUAUCUGCUGCAGUUGUUUCAGAGCGAUGUCACUUUCCUGGAGGUGACGUUCCAAACACCCUGUAUUGGAUAUUGUACCAUAGGGGUGUUGAAAAUGAUCAUUCUGGCGGUGCGCCGGAACACAAUCGCAGAGCUCGUGGGUGUAUAUCGCGAUAAAUGGCAGCAGGCGAUCAUCACCGAGGAACAUCGCUUAGUCUGCGAAGGCACCAUGAAGCCUGCCAUUUUAGUUACUACCGUGUCUGCCGUGGUGAAUUUGAUAAUGGGAACAUCCUUUACCAUGCUGCCGCUGGCUGAGAUGAUUUACCACCGCUACCACACAGGCACGUGGCACCGUCUACUGGCUUUCAACAUCUGGUGGCCAUUUGACGCACUAGCCGGGGCCAAGUUCUUUUGGUUUGUCUACCCACUAUACGUGGUUAUCGGAUUUAACGCCAUGCUUAUUCAAAUAGCGUUUGACUGCUUAUUCUGCACUCUGGCUGCGCAUCUCUGCAUGCAUUUUCGCAUUCUUAAGCAUAACUUUGGCCAAGUGGUGCAUGGAAGAGAGGUGAAAGAUCACAGCGAGAAUAUGGGCCGUCUGCAGGACGCCAUCGCCAUCCAUCAGGAUUUAAUCGGUUGCAGCGUUUUCAUGCAGAAUGUGUUUGGAAAUAUGUUGUUUAUCAAUUUCUUGGGCAGCUCCAUCAUCAUCUGUAUCCAAGCGUUCAUGAUAACGACCGUCACCGGUUACACGCUUAUUAAGUUUGCGUUGUUCAUGCUGUGCUUCUUGAUCGAGCUGCUGAUGCUUUGUAUGUACGGUGAAGACAUCGUACAAUCGAGUAAAGAUGUUGCAAACGCGGCAUACAACUGUCGAUGGUACGAGGAAUCGAAACCAUUCCAACGGUCCAUUCUGCAGAUCCUGCACCGUAGCCAGCACCCUGUCAUACUCACUGCCUGGAAAAUUUGGCCCAUUCAAAUGAGCACCUUCAGCAGGAUCCUACAGGCUUCGUGGUCCUACUUCACCCUGUUGAAAACUGUCUAUGCAAACGAGUAA